AUGCCGAUGCACCAGGGCUUCCUCCCCCGCGAGGGCCUCGUUGCGGACCCCAUUUUCCGCCUCAUCGGCCGCACUGCUCUCAACCCAGCUCUCGUGUUGCCUCUGCUGCUUCUCGCCCGUUUCACCAAGAAGGGAGGCGAUCUCGCCAUUCUCCACCCAACAGCUUUCUCGCGCCUUAAGAAGCUAGCAUGGCUUUCUGUGCUGCGGGCGGCCAACCGAUGGCUCUCGACACGCUCCUUGAACAACUGGGUUUCUGACCGCUAUGAUUGGUCCAAAGAGAUCGUUCUUGUCACCGGCGGCGCGGGUGGUAUUGGAGGACACAUGGUCAGGUUGUUCGCUGAGCGGGGCAUCACCGUCGUGGUCCUGGAUAUCCAGGACAUGACCUUUACUGCCGGCGCCAACGUACAUUAUUUCAAAUGCGACCUCACCUCCACCGAGAAGCUUGCCAGCGUGGCGCGGGACAUCCGCGCACGUGUGGGUCACCCGACGGUCCUAAUCAACAACGCCGGCGUCGCCCGCGGAAAGACCGUUCUCGACGCCACAGAGCAUGACGUCCGUUUCACUUUCGACGUCAACACCUUUGCUCACUUCUGGACCACUAAAGAGUUCCUCCCGCACAUGGUCGCCAACAACCACGGCAUGGUCGUAACCAUCGCCUCAUACGCCUCGUGGCUGACAGUCCCCUCAAUGGUCGACUACGGCGCCUCCAAGGCCGCCGCCAUGGCCUUCCAUGAGGGCUUGUCGGCUGAGCUGGUGACAAAGUAUAACGCGCCGCGCGUGCGCACGGUCCUGGUCAACCAGGGUUACACCAAGACGCCGCUGUUCACAGGAUACGAGCAGGGCCUGCAGUUCCUGAUUCCCGCUCUGGAGCCCGAGACAGUGGCGGAAGGUGUGGUGAAGAAGGUACUGGAAGGCACGAGCGGGCAGGUCAUCGUACCGGGGGCUGGAAACGUAGUGACAGCGUUGAGGGCGAUGCCGCACUGGUACCAGCACCACAUGCGGUGCGACGGGCAGAAGCUGAUGAAGAACUUUGCCGGACGACAGGUUGUGCAGGAUGUGAAGAAGUACUAUGCCGACAAGGAGCAACAGGAGAAGCCGGAGUAUAGCACUGUGCUUGUGGGGAACCAGCACAAAGGCGCCAAUGGCAUCGAAUAA